GAAGAAGAAAAAAAAACUAAUCUUAAGUUAACUUCAUUAAUGUCAAUUCAAGCAUCAGACUCUACUUCUCUUCGAGCCGCUCAGUAUGCUGCUGUGGUGUCUAUGCUAAAGCUUAAUGCAGACACAUCUGGCUCUAAUUCAUUCCUGGAUGACUCGAGUAAUGCUUUAGUUCUUCAAGACGAUAUUGUCUGGAAAGCCUUAGUUUUCGACAAGUUUGGUCAGGACAUCAUCUCUUCUAUUAUGCGAGUUAACGAUUUGCGUGAAAACGGUGUUACUGUGCACAUGCUUUUGAGUCAGGAUAGAUCUCCUCUUCUAGAUGUGCCUGCUGUAUACUUUGUUGAACCUACUUCUGAAAACGUUCGAAAGAUCAGUGAGGAUUUAAACCGUAAUCUUUACGAAGCAUUUUAUGUCAACUUUUGCUCUACUGUGCCUCGUCCUGUCUUGGAGGAGUUCGCCGGUCUGACACUGGCCAACAAUACAUCUGAAAAAGUGACACAGGUCUAUGAUCAAUACCUCAACUUUGUGUGUACAAAUCCUGAUGUAUUUUCUCUCAACCAACCCAACGCAUUUGUUAAUCUCAACAAUCCAAGUGCACCCGAGAGUUUGAUUGAUGAUACCGUUGAUCGUACAGUCAAUUCUCUCUUUUCGGUAAUUGUGACAAUGGGUGUUAUACCGAUCAUUCGUUGUCCUCGAGGAAAUGCGGCCGAGAUGAUUGCUAAUAAGCUGGACAGUAAAUUACGCGAUCACAUUAUGAAUUCACGCACAAACCUGUUUUCGUCAAGCGCCAAUAACUCUAGUCUUCAGAGACCAGUUCUUAUCCUGUUGGACAGAAGCAUGGAUCUGACACCAAUGUUGAGUCAUUCAUGGACAUACCAAGCAUUAAUCCAUGAUGUACUAUCCAUGAAUCUCAACAGAAUCACAAUUGAAGCAGACCAACACAAUGAUACACGUAAAUGCUAUGAUAUUGAGAGCAAGGAUUUCUUUUGGAAUAAAAAUGCUUCGAGUCCUUUCCCUCAAGUAGCGGAGGAUAUUGAUAUCGAAUUAAACAAGUACAAAAAGGACGCUGCCGAGAUCACUCGUAUUAGUGGUGUCAGCUCUAUUGAGGAUGUUAACCAACUGGAUCUUCCUUCAAACACAAAGGUACUAAAGUCUGCAAUAUCUGCCCUUCCUGAAUUGACUGCACGCAAAACAACCUUGGACAUGCACAUGAAUGUAGCCACUUGUCUUCUUAAUGCCAUUAAGGAUCGCCAACUGGAUACAUUCUUCCAAAUUGAAGAAAACAUCACUCGUCAGAACAAGAGCUUGUUGUUGGAAGCUAUCAGAGAUCCAGAAAAAAAGAACCCUGAAGACAAGAUGAGAUUAUUCUUAAUUUAUUAUCUAUCGACAGUUGAUGAAGUAUCCAAAGAAGACAUGGAGCAAUAUGAAAAUGCUUUGGAAGCUGCAGGAUGCGAACUUGGACCUUUGAAAUAUAUCAAAAAAGUACGUGCUUUAAUGCGCAUGACAUCCAUGCUGACUUCAGCUCCUCCAACCCAAACUGGAUUCUCUCAAAAUGAUCUUUUUAGAGGAUUUAGUAGCAUUGGUAACAGACUUACAGAUAAGCUAAAGGAAGGUGCUUUGGGAGGUGGAUUUGAAAACUUGUUGAGUGGCGUAAAGAAUCUUUUGCCUACUCGUAAGGAAUUGGUGAUUUCAAAGAUCGUGUCCGAUAUAAUGACCCCACCACAAAAUGAACCUUCAAAGGCUGAUGAUUAUCUCUUCUUUGACCCUAAACUCGGCAAGAACUCCCGAUCACGACAAAAGGUGGCAUUUCAGGAGGCAAUCGUGUUUGUGGUUGGAGGAGGCAAUUACGUCGAAUACCAAAAUCUACAAGAAAUUGCUACGCAAAACAACCAAAAGAAGAAGAUUACCUAUGGAUCGACUGAUAUUUUAUCACCUCAUCAGUUCUUGGAUCAAUUGAGAACCUUGGGCAACGAAGCAUAGAGGAUUAAGUUUAUAAUAUUCUUCGUAUUAUCAUUAUAUAUCUCUUUCGCUUUUUUUUAAAAAGAAAAUAAAUACAAUACAAUACAAUACAAUACAAU